CUGGCCUGAAAGCUGAUCUCCAAGAGGGCGUGGCUCCAAAACACGGGCAAAUAAAAGCAUGGAGAGCCAGCACCAGUCUGCAGAACAGCAGGAGACUGCCACAGGGAGACUGCAAACCACUCUGUUCCUGGGUCUCAGAAGUGAUGCCCAUGGAGUCCCCCCAAACUCUGCUCCUCUGCCUGCUGGUCCUGGCAAUCACUGAAGGCUGGGGUCGGGAGGCAGCCAUCCCAGGCUGCCACUUGCACCCCUUCAACGUGACGGUGCGCAGUGAUCGCCAAGGCACCUGCCAGGGUUCCCACGUGGCACAGGCUUGUGUGGGCCACUGCGAGUCCAGCGCCUUCCCUUCCCGGUACUCCGUGCUGGUGGCUAGUGGCUAUCGACACAACAUCACCUCCGUCUCUCAGUGCUGCACCAUCAGCAGCCUGAGGAAGGUGAAGGUGCGGUUGCAGUGUGUGGGCAACCGGAAGGAGGAGCUCGAGAUCUUCACGGCCAAGGCCUGCCAGUGUGACAUGUGUCGCCUUUCACGCUACUAAAUUACUCUUCCCUCCUUCCUCCCUUGGGUCAGAGAGUUUGAUGUUCUGGUGGGAAAAGCCUGGUUCUGGGAUUCAAAAACUAGGAGGAGUCCUAAUUGUGCCAUUUACUUGCUGUGAGAUUUUUAAAAUGAGAGAGUUGCUCCCGGUAUGACCCUCAAGAUUUUGUGAUUGUCACCUCCUGAGAAGAGGGGAGUUUUGCCUCUGUCUUUACCUGGCCCUUCUAACCAGUGUCUCGUCAUUUCACUUCCCUCUUUGCCCCUACCCCUAAAUAAAGCAAGCAGUUUUUAAGUUUCUCUCUUUAUUAAAUCUACCCCCCAGCCAGGGGAAGGGGGAUAGAUCAUGAUUACUGUGACCCCCCCCACCCCUGUCCCCAGGACACUGUGAAUCUCUUCUUGCCUGUGCCAUCACCCCUCCCCCUGCC